GAUUGUUCCAAAUCAAAAUAGAACUUCGGACGAGGAUUGAAUGAGUUUGCCCUCCAGAUAUCGGUGUAUUAACAUUCUCAGUUUGUCGGAAACGAACACAAGUUGACAGAUGGCUGGUUUACCACCAGGAGACCCGCAGCUGGUAUCCAUGAUCGUCAACCAUUUAAAAACUCAAGGUCUCUUCGACCAAUUCAGAAGAGACUGCCUUGCAGAUGUGGAUACAAAGCCUGCCUACCUGAAUUUAAAACAACGAGUGGACAACUUUGUUUCUAACCACCUCUCUAACCACACAUGGAGUCCUCACUUGAACAAGAAUCAACUGCGAAACAAUAUAAGGCAAUUGGUCCUUCAGUCUGGAAUGCUAGAGCAGGGAGUAGACAGGAUAGUAGCACAGGUGGUGGAUCCCAAAAUCAACCAUACCUUUAGGCCUCAGGUAGAAAGGGUGGUCCGGGAAUUCCUGUCACCUGGAUGUUAUGUCGAGGAACAAGCUGCCCUACCUGUCCCUGACGAGGAGAAGCCUGCCCACAACCUACCUGAGCAAGCCUCUUCUUCUGCCCCUACUGGAGAUGCCAUGUCCAUCCUGGAUACCAUAACCACCCUUAACCAGGAAGCGAGCUCCUGGGCCAGUUCCAGUGGGGAGAAAAAUCGCAAGGGGGGCUUGGAGGAGCCGAUGCUGGAUUUGGAGGAGGGGGAACAGGACAUGAAUGUUGUUGAAGAGGGGGAAGAAGACCAAGAGAAGACGGGAGAAGAAGAACUGAUGCUUUUGUCAGAUUUCCACGCUAUGGAUGUCAAAAAGGAGGAUGUAGAGCUGACAGACUCAGAGAGGGACCGAUUGACUGAGAUGAAGACUGAGGAGGCGGAGGUUGGGACUCCUGAACAGGCAGACGAGGGUAAAGACAAAGUUGACAGCAAGAUCUCAGGAACGCCCAAAGAAGAAGGGCAGACACUGGAUGUUGAUCCACUCAGAUCUCCCAGUGAGAAACACCAUAUGAAACAAAAGGCCAGAGAGAGGCUUAAAGAAGAAUACUCUUUGGAAGACUCUGACCUCGAAGGCCUCAGUGACAUCACUGUCAGCUCCGUCCACACCAGUGACCUGUCUUCAUUCGAGGAGGAGAGUGACGAUGAGUUACCACCAUCUGACUCCUCGGAGGAUGGUGAAGUGUCGUCUGAUGGUGACAAGGAAGAGAAAAAGCAAACCUGUACGGACAAUGAGGAAGACAAGGAGCGCAAACCUCGUCGACAGGCAUACGUCCACAAACCCUUCCUCUACUCGCGUUACUAUAGCGACUCGGAUGACGAAGUCACUGUGGAGCAGCGGCGGCGGUCGGCAGCGAAGGACAAGGAAGAGAGGUUGCUCAAGAGACAACAGAAUAGGGAGCGAAUGGAGGAGAAGCGUAAACAGAGGGCGGCUCAACUGGAAGAACAGAACAAGAGAAGGCAGGAGACGGCAUCCCUCAGCCUGGAGGGACCCAGGGCCAAGGAAGCUCGCAAGGAAAGGAAGGUUCUGGAAAAGAAAAUGGCCCUCAGUCGGAAGAGGAAACGGGACUCAAGGAAAGAAGGAGAUUCUUUCAUCAAGAAGAAAGGAGAUUCAGAGUGUGAAUAUGCCAAGAAGGAAGAAGGAAAGGCUGGGACUUCAAAGAGCUCGCAACCAAAGUCUAUCAGAAAGGUUUCAGAGUCUGCAUCAUUAGACGAGAGGCGCAGAAGGAAGAGCGGUAGCACCUCGGAAGACUCCGCCGAUCCGAGAAAGGCGGCGGACAGAAGUCGUACGCACUCCUUCAUCCUGGACUUGGAGCAGGGCUCAGAAGAGUCGCUCAAGCAGCGCUCUGCGGGGAAGUUUGACCGCCUGUCUCGCAAAGAGCUGCACCCCAGAGAGCGCAAAGACAAGGAGCGCAGUCUCUCUGACGAGCGUGCCAAGCCCAAGCAGAAGUCAGAGAAGAGGGUUGGAGGGGAUGGGGAGGAGUCUCAGCAGAAGGAGCUUAAAGUCUCCUCGGAUGACAAAGGGGAGAAGAAAAUUAAGGUCAAAAGUGACAAAAGAACUUUAGGGCUGGGCAGGGAGGCUUGGGCGUCUGUGUCGGAGAGUGUGUGUGAGGAAGGCUCUCACAAAGAUGCUAAAAAGGGGAAGGGGCCAGCUGUAGACACUACCAAAGUAGACAAGGAGAGGGAGAAAGACAAAGAGAAGGGUAAGGAGAAAGACAAGGCCAAAGAGAAGGAUAAGACGAAAGGAGAGAAGGCUUCCGCGAAAAGCGACUCGAGGCAGCUGCUCAGAGACUCGACUGGUUCCUCUGAGGAGCGGUCGGACAUGGAGCCGGGACCUGACAGCAUCAAAAGGAGAGAGAAACCCCCUAAAGAUGGUCUGAAGAGGUCAAGGAGCCAUAAUGAGGACGUGGAGAAGACUAGGCACGUGGAGAAGGGGAAGAUUAGGUCUGAGGCCAAGGACGGUGAAAAAGAGAAGCCUAAAGGGGAAGAUGGCACCCAGGAAAGCCAGAAGUCAAUCAAGCCCGGCUCUGAGAUGGAGAAAGAUCCCAGAAAGUCUAAGGAGAUCGAGUCACAGUCUGUGAAAGGCAAAGCAAUGGAAAAAUGUCGAUCCAAAUCAAAGGAAGACGUGAAGGUUCCGCCCUCAUCCAAGGGGGACAAGAAAGCGCAGGGCGCGGACGUCAAAAGCAAAGGAGGAACACCUGCAGGCAAGCCUGACACGUCGAAAGACAGAAAAAAAGACCCAGGCGUGAAUGCACACAGGAGGGGCUCCGAAGAAAUCCCAGCAGAAAGGAACGAGGACAAGAGUGCCAAGAAACUUGAGAAGAAGACUAAAAUCCCAGAGAAGAAAGGAGAAACCCAAGACGAAGCCAAAGGAAUCAAAGGGGAAAAGUCCUCAACGCCGCCCGUGUCCUCGCCCGUUCUCGAGAUGCCAGAGUCCUCCAGGACACCCCCCCAGCCGAAAGACGCGCGCGCAGACUCUGAUCCCAGCGCCGCAAUCGUCACUCCCUCGGUUCCGGAUGACACCUACGAUGCGCUGAGUGACAUCACCCCUGAACCCGACGACGAGGACGAUGCCGUGAAACGGCUGCGUGAGGUAGAACCACGUCUGCCGGUGUCUGAGGCCGACGCUCUCCUCACCCUGGUGGACAUCUGCACCUCGGAGGAUGCCCGGCUGGUCUCGGUCACAGACGUUGCUGUGGCCGUACAGGGAGACCACAGAGAAGAUACGGCAGCGGAUGAAGGACAGUCCUUGCCAGAGCUCGCCUUCCAGGAUGCCGACUUGAAGAUGAAAGAGGCCGCCCUGACGCUGCUUUCCAUGGACCCUGAGAGCACAGUGUCCUCGAGCGUAGCCACACAGGAGGAGGCUGCCAUGGCUCCACAGCAGAUGGAAACAGCGCCACCUGGAGGAGGAGAGUGGCAAGAUUCUGUGCAUGUGCAGGAAGAGAUGGAAAAUGCCACAGAAGUGGGAUCUCAGCAGAUGGAUGUUCCUGUGGCAGAACCAAGGAGAAAAGAUGCUUCCACUGCUGAGGUAACUGAAAUGGUUCUUUCAAAUGCACAGUCACUAGCUGAAUUGGGGCAACAGAAGGAUGUUGGCCCAGAUGAAGAAAAAACGGACCACACCAAUGUUACCCCUGACAAACCUGAAGAGUCCCAGUCAGUUAACAGUGGGGCCCCAUCUAUGGCUGCAGAAAAGGAGAACGACUCGAAUGUGGAGGAGCUGACUGAAGAGAUGUCUGUGGAACCCAUGGACCCCAAGAUCAUGAUGGAGAGUGAAAAUAUGAAUAAAGACCAGGAGGAAACACUGGAGGAAAAAGACCCAGUUGCUGGGAGCCAGUCUCUCACUCCUGGGCCAGAGGGGGUAAGGGAGAAGAGGCGUGGCCGGCCAUCCAAACUGGAAAAACAAACCAGUAAUGCAUCCAAGUCAGAUGGACAAGAAGAUGACAAAGAAUCAGACCUGUCUGAAAAGGAGGGGAGAGUAACUCGCAAAAGAAAACUAUCAAAUCAGAAAACUGGAAUGCCCAAGGACUCUGGUGAGGAGAAGGACCAACAGAGCCAGGAGGAUCCAUCUCCAGAGUCUGUUGAGGAAGGUGACGUAGAGAAGGCCAAGGAACCCCAAACACGCCGGCGAGGACGGUCCUGCAAGGCCCCCGCGGAGGAAGACAAUCAGCCUCCAGAGCCUGAGAAAGUAGAGGAGACUCCUCCUACUCGUCGAGGCAGGCGUUCAGGCGCCCAGGCCAAAGAAACGCCUGCAGGCAGUAAGACGAAAGAGAAGAAGGAUGAGAAGAAAGCAGGAGAAGCCUCAAUGGAGAAGCCGCAGGAGAAAGAGGAGAAAGGCAAGGAGAAGAUAGAACCUAAGAAACCUGGCCGGCGUGGAAGACCACCCAAAGCUCAAACUCAACCAGCGGCAACUGAAAACGCAGAGAGAUCUGAGUCCAAGGAGACUACUGACUCUUGCAAACCUUCAAGGAAGAGGAAACGGUCUGAGGGAAGAGAGGAAACGUCAGAGGAGACUGAUGAGAAGGAGGUACCGGACAAUGAGCCCCAGGAGCAGGCAGAGAACCCGCCCCAGGAGCAGGACGAGAACCCGCCCCAGGAGCAGGACGAGAACCCGCCCCAGGAGCAGGACGAGAACCCGCCCCAGGAGCAGGACGAGAACCCGCCCCAGGAGCAGGACGAGAACCCGCCCCAGGAGCAGGACGAGAACCCGCCCCAAGAGGUUAAAGAGAGCCAGUCAGAAGACCAGGAGGAAAGAAAACAGGAGGGUCGCGGCGAAACCAAAACCGAUGAAGGAGAGCAGGACAAAGAGAAACCUCAAAAAAAGCCAGGCCGAAGGGGAAGGCCCUCCAAGGGAGCGGAUGUGACUCAAGAUGACCCUGAGAAAAAAGACAAGCCUGAUGAGAAGGAGGGGGAAACAAAAGAGGAGGAGGAAGGAGAGGAGGAAGAUGAGGAGGAGGAGGGGGAGGAGGAAGGAGGGACGAAGAGGAGAACUACGACAAGGUUGGCAGCCCGUCUGGAGGCUGAGAGGAACAAACCAAGUAAGCCUUCUACCCGGGCUAGUAGACUUGGAGGUAAAGAGGAAAGUGCCGCAAGCACACGUGGAACAAGAGGGCAGGCCGUUGUUGCGGCUGCCAAAGGAGGUCGUAAACGGGAAGCUAGUCCCCCGGCGCUGCGCACCAGAGGAGGGCACAAAUCUGAGGAGCCCCCCUCCAAAAGAGCCAAGCGAUGAACAAACAGGGAGGAACCUAGGGAGACUCCACAGCAGACUGCUUUCUUUGAGACUCGCCUCCCUUGGGGUGUAUAUCCCUGAAUAUCGAUCAGUGUGUGCAACUACAUUGAUUCAUUCAUUCAUCAAGCUGUUAUGAAACCCAUAGCUCCAUUGAGUUUAUUAGCUUAGUUUCAGUGUUUGAAAAGGAAGCGUCUGGGGUGUACGUUUGAUUAGAAAGGUAAUGUCUACAACAGCAGUGUUAGUUCCUCUGGCUAAUGGCGUCUUACCUGCAAGGACCUCACAGAGCUGUCCCUGGUCUGCCUGUUGAUCACGUUGAAUGCUGUGUUUCUGUGCAGCCUUAUUCACAUUCCCAUGACCACAACACAGUUAUCCAUGUUUGCUUUACAUCUCAGCCAGCCUUACACUUGUAUAGUAACGGCUUGGGAACUAGCUUGUCACUAAUUAGAAAAUGAAGUGUUCUGUUUGAGUGAUUGAACCCCAGAUGCUUAGUCUUUCAUGUGGGUGUAAGUGGUUCUCAGAAUGUUGGAUGGCAUGUUCACAAUCUCAACACGCAUUAAGGUUCACGUACAGUAAAGCUGUAUAACAAUUAUAGAUGUGAGUUAUAGUCUCAUAGCUGGUUUUACUAUUGUUUUUAUGCCAUUUGUUUUUACUUAAGUGUGCUUGUCACUGUUGACAGAACAUUGAAAUCUUCAUUCUGUGAAUGUUAAGAAGCUAUUACUGUUGUAUUGUUCAUGUUUUGGAUUUUACAUGUUGAUGGGUAUGUGCUACCUAUCACCCUCAUUAGGUGAUUUUUUUAUUUGAGUAUUUUUUAUAAGACAUAGCUCACAAUGGUUUGUUAACAUUAUUCAAAGUACAAAAUAAACUUUUCUUACUGU